AUAAUUUUUUUAGGGUUUCGAGUGAAAAGAGUAACAAGCGCGGCGGAGCCAUGGUUCUCAAGACUGAGCUUUGCCGAUUCAGUGGUCAGAAGAUCUACCCUGGCAGAGGAAUCAGAUUUAUCAGAUCAGACUCUCAGGUGUUUUUGUUCGCUAACUCCAAAUGUAAGAGGUACUUUCACAAUAAGUUGAAGCCAUCUAAGCUUACCUGGACUGCCAUGUACAGAAAGCAACACAAGAAGGACGCUGCCCAAGAGGCUGUGAAGAGAAGGAGACGUGCUACCAAGAAGCCUUACUCAAGGUCUAUUGUUGGUGCUACUUUGGAAGUUAUCCAGAAGAAGCGAGCAGAGAAGCCCGAAGUUCGUGAUGCAGCCAGAGAAGCUGCUCUACGUGAGAUCAAGGAGAGAAUCAAGAAGACCAAGGAUGAGAAGAAGGCAAAGAAGGUCGAGUAUGCUUCUAAGCAACAGAAAUCUCAAGUGAAGGGCAACAUCCCCAAGAGUGCUGCACCCAAGGCUGCUAAGAUGGGUGGUGGUGGAGGCAGACGUUGAAUGAAGCUAUAGACUAGCCCACUCAUCUCUCUUCACUUAUCUUUCCUUCUUGUUUUGACAUUUGUUUUGGCACCAAUUGUUUUUUAGUUUUGCACCAGAUCUAAUAUAUUGUACUUGAGGUUUUUCUGCAGCUUAUGGAACUUUUUGUUUGGUA